CGCACUGCUCUGUAUACUUCGCCGUGUCCAUGUUGUUGUCAUCUCCGCCCCUAUCUGAUUAAACCACAGAGCAGCGCCGGUGCUCCAAGCCGUCAGAGGAGAGAGGGAUUUUUUUUUUGUUCGGCCUCAGAUUCCCGACCGGACCCGUGGAGACUUCCAGCUACUGCUUUGUUUUGCUCAUGAUGUCCUUUAAACACAAACAGUGACCCGGUUUGAGCCAAUGUUGCUGCGACUGGUGCGCUCUGCACACGCGUGGGUCAUGCUCAGCACCUGACAGACAACCCUUCCGCAGACUUUUCACUUCAGACUUUAACAGGAGGAAAACUUAGCAUCGCCCCCCCCAAGAAGUUAUUCGCUGCUGCAGCCUGCGGACUCUGCCCACACGGACUGUUUUACACCAAAAGAUAAAUCCUUGUUUUUUUUUUACUGCUUUAAAGCUGCAUCACCGAGGCGAAACGGCGACCUCAGUCGAUUACCUUUCUUUCCUUUGCUAUCCCAUGGAUAUUCACUGCAAAGCAGACCCGUUCUCAGCGAUGCACCUAUCCCACGCAGGGCACGGCGGUGUGAACCAGCUCGGCGGGGUGUUUGUGAACGGCAGACCCCUCCCGGACGUGGUGAGGCAGCGGAUAGUGGAGCUGGCCCACCAGGGCGUCCGGCCCUGCGACAUCUCCAGACAGCUACGGGUCAGUCACGGCUGUGUCAGCAAAAUCCUCGGCAGGUACUAUGAAACCGGCAGUAUUAAACCCGGAGUCAUUGGUGGCUCCAAACCAAAAGUUGCAACUCCGAAAGUGGUGGAUAAAAUUGCAGAAUAUAAGCGCCAGAAUCCGACCAUGUUCGCCUGGGAGAUAAGGGACCGACUACUGGCUGAGGGCGUCUGCGACAACGACACUGUCCCCAGCGUUUCAUCCAUCAACAGGAUUAUCCGCACCAAAGUCCAGCAGCAAUUCCACCCGUCCCCUGACGGAUCUGUUACGCCGCUCUCCACGCCCGGCCACACCAUAGUGCCCAGCACAGCCUCCCCCCCUGUGACCAGCGCCUCCAACGAUCCCGUAGGAUCCUACUCCAUCAACGGCAUUCUGGGUAUCCCUCGCUCCAACGGCGAGAAGAGGAAACGAGACGAUGUUCUCUGGAGUGGCAACCACUUGGAUGGAAGGAAAAUAGGACAUUAUGGCUCUGAUGGCUCAGGCCCUGGCAGCGACUCUCAGGGCAGCGUGGAGAGUUUAAGGAAGCAUCUGCGAGCAGACGCCUUCACCCAGCAGCAGCUGGAGGCCCUGGACCGUGUGUUUGAACGUCCUUCUUAUCCUGAUGUCUUCCCCACUUCAGAACACAUCAAGCCUGAACAGGCGAAUGAGUACUCUCUCCCAUCCCUGAACACUGGCCUGGAAGACGUGAAGCCGAGCCUCUCCACCAGCGCCAGCUCCGACCUCGCCUCCAGUGUCUCCCAGAGCUACUCUGUUGUGACAGGUCGAGACAUGGCCAGCACCACCUUACCUGGCUACCCGCCUCAUGUCCCCCCCACAGGACAAGGCAGCUACCCCACCUCCACACUCGCUGGAAUGGUUCCUGGAGGGGACUUUUCUGGAAACCCUUACUCUCAUCCACAAUACACCACUUAUAAUGAAGCAUGGCGGUUCAGCAAUCCAGCAUUACUAAUGCCGCAUCCCGUGGCUCCGCACCUCCCACUGCUGCCACUGCCUACGACCGCCACUAGUUACCAUGGAGACCAGCUCAAACUGCAGGGCCAGGGCUUCGGCCUCCAUAUUGUCCCGGUCUGAGAAACACUGAGGUCAAAGGGAAGCGAGGUGGAAUCCUAAAGGAAACCCCCCCCCCCCCCCCCUCGUGAUGUUUUGUGAUGUGGAGGAAGGAUCAGCAAAGGUUGACGCCGGUGCAUCUAGCCCAGCUUCAGCGUCAACACACUUUGGGCCAAAAAAGUGGCCCACGGGCGUUCAGAACUCACCCAUCAUGCCCUCACUCUCUCACAGGCCUGAACAUUUCCAGAAUGACUUUAAGAGAUUAUAUAAAUAUAUAUAUUAUAAAAUAUAAAUUGAAGAAAAACAGUGUGAAGAAUACCAUGUGAAAAAAAAGUUGUGGGUUUUUAUUUUUGUUUCUUUGUUGCUCUUGUUGUUGUUGUUAUUUUAUUCAUGGAUCCUCACAUUCCUUUACGUCAAGAACUGCAGUAUUUUUCUGCUGUAAAGAGAGAAGUCCAGGGGAGAUGACAAUGGUCCCAUAGCUUGAUGAUGCAGCGACUUGAACCAGUGUUGUGGGG